AUGGCAGACCGUGGGGAUGUGGGGAAAGAGGACCCAAACGCCGGACUCCUUAAUGAAGACACUUCUUUACUCAAACGUCUGAAACAUGCCAACAUUGUCCUCCUGCACGACAUCAUCCACACCAGAGAGACACUCACUUUCGUCUUUGAGUACCUGCAGACAGAUCUGGCCCAGUACAUGAUCCAGCACCCUGGAGGUCUACGCUAUCACAACGUGCGGAUCUUCAUGUUCCAGCUGCUGCGAGGUCUCUGCUACAUCCACAGCCGCAGGAUCCUCCACCGAGACCUUAAGCCCCAAAACCUGCUCAUCAGCUACCUCGGAGAACUCAAACUGGCCGACUUCGGUCUGGCUCGGUCCAAAUCCAUUCCCAGUCAGACCUUCUCUUCGGAGGUGGUGACGCUGUGGUACCGCCCCCCUGAUGUCCUGCUGGGAUCCACAGACUACUCCACAGCUCUGGACAUGUGGGGGGCUGGGUGCAUUUUCAUAGAGAUGCUGCAGGGGGCGCCAGCAUUCCCAGGAGUCUCUGAUGAGUUUGAGCAGCUGCAGAAGAUCUGGGAGGUCCUGGGCCUCUCCUCUGAGGACAGCUGGCCUGGUGUCAGCCUUCUACCCAAUUACAGACCAGAGCGGUUUCUUUACUCAGAACCAAAGCAGCUUAGGACCGUUUGGAAAAGGUUGGAGCAGCUGCCAUAUAAGACCGAGGACCUGGCCCAGGAGAUGCUAAAGGUGGUCCCUACAGACAGGAUCUCAGCUCCGGACGCCAUGCAGCACCUGUACUUCAGCACACUGCCUCCUCCCAUCAUGCACCUCAGAGACACUGUGUCCAUCUUUAAGGUUCCUGGCAUUCGUCUGGAAACGGAGGUGAGAGACAUCUUUAACCCUGGGCGCAAGGACAAACCCUCUCUGCUGCCCUCUGCUAAAUUCUGGUGACUGAAAGCUCAUAAGCAGCGCGUCAAGAUCUGUGGAGUGGAGAACAAACCCAGAUGUCUCUCUGAAGACACAAACUGGACUUGUUGUUUGCGGUUCAGUUUGGAGAGUCUUUCUGGUUUAAAUAAAGAUGUGUAUAUCAAACUUUCACUCAGAUCGGCUUUUAAGAUCUUAUGUAAAUCUGAUUUCUUGCCAAUGUACAUAUAAACCGUCCCUGCAGUCUUCUGUUAGCAUUCAUUAGCAUCUGUUAGCCGCAGACUAACGAGUCCCAUGAAACUCCUCAUGAAUUUUGAAUGAAGCUUUAUUAAUAAAGCUCCAGGCCAACCUGCACUGAGAGACA